AUGACACUCCGGAAACACUACACCCCAGAGGUCCUUCUGAGUGCUCCAAGGAGGUCAGCAGCAGUUCCAAGUCCGGAUGGGAAGCUCGCGCUCUACACGCAGUCCUCCUAUUCGUUCGACACCCACUCUCGAACCAGCGAGAUUGGUUGUCUGGACCUGACUCAGGGCACCACCGUCUCCAUCAGCAAAGACCCCAAGGCCAGCGAGCCCAGGUGGCUGGGGACCAACUACGAAGUCGUCUGGUUGAAGGAGUGCGAGAAUGGCAAUACGUGCUUGAUCGUCACCGACGCUACUCUCCCUGGAAAAUGCUACACCGCCGGCACCAUUUCAGGCCCCGUCUCCAGUCUCAAGCUCUAUGUCAUCGAACCGGGUAAAGUCGCCAUUGCGGUUGCCGGCCAGGCAAAUCAAGAUGGCAGCUUGCACAAUCCCAAGGACGUCCCGAAAUCCCACACGUCGGCUCGUGUCUAUGACUCCCUGUUUGUCCGACAUUGGGACGCUUGGAUCACCGAGCAGCGAAACUCCAUCUUCGUAGGCUUGCUGCAGAAAUCACAACCAAUGGUGACUUCACGCCAAGGACGAUACAGCUUGCUGGGCUUCAGGAACGCGUUACUGGGCUCCGAGCUGGAAUGCCCUAUUCCGCCGUUUGGCGGAGUCGACCACUUCGACAUUGGCCCGACAGGCCUGACAAUUGUGGCCAAGGACGCCCACCUCAACCCUGCCACACACACCAAGUGCGAUUGCUGGUUUAUACCGAAAACGGACCUCUUGGAUCCGAAACCCGCAAGCUUCCACAAGCUUCAUGCAUCGGGGUUGAAUGGAGCAGCUUCAUCACCUGUCUUCUCGCCCGAUGGCGAAUCCCUGGCGUUCCUGCAGAUGGCAACCGACGGCUAUGAGAGUGACAAGAAUCGGAUCGUCUUUGUUCACGGCCUGACUGGGCUCGAGAAGGGCGAGUCUGUGUCUGCGGUCGAACUCAUGCGCACCGACGAUGGGAAAGGCGGCUGGGCCAAGUCUCCCACCGCGUUGAAGUGGUCUGUGGACGGCAAAAUGCUAUUGAUGGAAGCUGAAGACACUGGCCGCGGAUGUCUCUUUGCGCUCGACUUGUCGGCGGCUCCAGGCCCAGAAUGGCAACCUCGCCAAUUGACCCAUGCCGGAUACAUCAUUGACUUCGCACCGAUGUCGACCCAGACUAAUCUCUUACUCGUCUCCAGCAACAGCUUGGUCGACAACAGCACAUACACUCUCGUCAACCCCGAUCCCCUGGCCGAGACGCGACCGGUAGUCAUUUCGUCGCUCAGCAGAAAUGGAAGCAUGUUCGGCCUCUCUCCUGAGCAAGUUUCCUCGCUGUGGUGGAAAGGCGCGAAUGAUCACCCAGUGCAUGCGUGGAUGAUGAAGCCCUCGUUCUUCCGGGCGGACCAGAAAUAUCCGCUGGCGUACUUGAUUCAUGGUGGCCCGCAAGGUGCCUGGAACGACCAGUGGUCGACACGUUGGAACCCUGCCGUCUUCGCCGAGCAGGGCUACGUGGUCGUCUGUCCUAAUCCGACGGGAUCGACCGGAUAUGGCCAGGCCUUUACCGAUGCAAUUCGAAAUCAGUGGGGUGGUCUCCCGUACGAGGACCUCGUCAAAGGGUUUGAAUACAUCGAGUCGGAAUUGGGAUUCGUUGACACCUCACGGGCCGUUGCCUUGGGCGCUAGCUAUGGCGGGUACAUGAUGAACUGGAUUCAAGGACACGACCUCGGCCGCAAAUUCAAGGCGCUGGUCUGCCACGACGGGGUGUUCAGUAUGACUGGCCAGUUGGCGUCUGAGGAGCAAUACUUCCCGGUGCACGACCUCGGAGGGCCCAUCUGGGAGCGACAAGAGAUCUACGACAAGUGGGACCCCAGUCGCUUUACCAAAUUCUGGGAGACUCCCAUGCUCGUGAUCCACAACGAGCUUGACUACCGCCUGACGGUCGCCGAGGGUCUGUCGGCAUUCAACGUGCUCCAGAUGAAGGGGAUCGAAAGUCGGUUCCUGAGUUUCCCGGACGAGAACCACUGGGUGUUGAAACCGGAGAACAGCCUCGUCUGGCAUCUCGUCGUGAUCAACUGGAUCAACAAGUUCGUGGGGUUGCCCAAGAUUGUCGAUCGCCAAGGCAGGGAUGGCUCGGGGUUUUGCAGACAGGAAAGCAGGAGGACCUGGAGUCGGAGUCAUGGGGCGUCUCGUCUCGAGCAGUGA